AUGGAGCCAAUUGUCUGAAUGCUGCAGGGAACAGCUUCUUCUCCUCAGAGACGCUGGGAUUCAGUCCCUGGAAGGGCAAGAUGGAAGGCCUCAGUGUGCCGGGUAAAGGAGAACGGGACCCACAUGUCAGUGGUCUAGGAUGGCCAGUGAAGGCUCCAACAUCCCAAGUCCUGUCGUGCGUCAGAUUGACAAACAAUUUCUGAUCUGCAGCAUAUGCCUGGACCGUUACAAGAACCCCAAAGUGCUCCCCUGCUUGCAUACUUUCUGUGAGAGGUGCCUGCAGAAUUACAUUCCAGCCCACAGCUUGACCCUUUCUUGCCCAGUGUGCCGCCAGACCUCCAUCCUGCCGGAGAAAGGGGUUUCUGCACUUCAGAAUAAUUUCUUUAUCACCAACCUGAUGGAUGUCCUGCAGCGAACGCCUGACAACAGCAUUGAGGAGUCUUCCAUCUUGGAGACAGUCACAGCUGCUGCUGCUGGGAAGCCGCUCACUUGCCCAAAUCAUGAAGGAAAUCUGAUGGAAUUUUAUUGCCAGUCUUGUGAGACAGCCAUGUGCCAGGAAUGCACAGAAGGAGAGCACGCGGAGCACCCCACAGUACCCCUCAAAGAUGUAGUAGAACAACAUAAAGCUUCACUUCAAUCUCAGCUAGAUGCUGUCAACAAAAGGCUUCCAGAGAUAGACUCUGCACUUCAUUUCAUAUCAGAAAUUAUACAUCAGCUGACCAACCAAAAGACAAGCAUUGUAGAUGAAAUUCAUUCCACUUUUGACGAACUCCAGAAGACAUUAAAUGUCCGCAAGAGUGUACUGCUUAUGGAACUGGAAGUGAAUUAUGGCCUUAAACAUAAAGUCCUACAAACGCAGCUUGAUACCCUACUGGAAGGACAGGAGAAUAUUAAGAGCUGCAGCAACUUUACUGCCCAGGCACUCAAUCAUGGAACCGAAACUGAAGUCUUACUGGUUAAGAAGCAGAUGAGUGACAAGCUGAAUGACCUUUCUGUACGAGACUUCCCACUGCAACCCCGUGAAAAUGAUCAGUUGGACUUCAUAGUGGAAACAGAAGGAUUGAAGAAGUCCAUUCAUAACCUUGGUACUAUUUUAACCACAAAUGCCGUUGCAUCAGAAACGGUGGCCACAGGGGAAGGGCUGAGGCAGACUGUCAUCGGACAGCCUAUGUCAGUUACCAUCACAACCAAGGACAAGGAUGGUGAACUCUGUAAAACUGGGAACGCUUACCUCACUGCUGAGCUGAGCACCCCUGAUGGGAGUGUAGCAGAUGGAGAAAUACUUGACAAUAAAAAUGGCACUUAUGAAUUUUUGUAUACUGUCCAAAAAGAGGGGGACUUUACCCUCUCGUUGAGACUGUAUGAUCAGCAUAUUAGGGGCAGCCCCUUCAAACUCAAGGUAAUUAGGUCAGCAGAUGUAUCCCCUACAACUGAAGGUGUGAAGAGGCGCGUGAAGUCUCCUGGCAGUGGCCAUGUGAAACAGAAGGCUGUAAAAAGACCAGCCAGUAUGUACAGCACGGGCAAAAGGAAAGAGAACCCCAUUGAAGAUGACCUAAUCUUCCGAGUUGGUACCAAAGGCAGAAACAAAGGAGAAUUCACAAAUCUUCAGGGAGUAGCUGCAUCUACAAAUGGAAAAAUAUUAAUUGCAGACAGCAAUAACCAGUGUGUGCAGCUCUUUUCCACUGAUGGUCAGUUCAAGAGUCGCUUUGGAAUCCGGGGAAGAUCUCCUGGCCAGUUGCAGCGGCCCACAGGAGUAGCUGUGCAUCCUUGUGGCGACAUCAUUAUUGCUGACUAUGAUAAUAAAUGGGUUAGCAUCUUCUCCUCUGAUGGAAAAUUUAAGACAAAAAUUGGAUCUGGAAAACUUAUGGGACCAAAAGGCGUUUCUGUGGAUCGCAAUGGACACAUCAUUGUUGUGGACAACAAAGCAUGUUGUGUGUUCAUCUUCCAGCCAAAUGGGAAAAUAGUAACCAGGUUUGGAAGCCGAGGCAAUGGAGACAAACAGUUUGCAGGCCCUCAUUUUGCAGCUGUCAACCACAAUAAUGAAAUUAUUAUAACAGAUUUCCAUAAUCAUUCUGUCAAGGUAUUUAACCAGGAAGGUGAAUUCAUGUUGAAGUUUGGGUCUAAUGGGGAAGGAAAUGGGCAAUUUAAUGCACCAACAGGAGUAGCUGUAGAUUCUAAUGGAAAUAUUAUUGUAGCCGAUUGGGGAAACAGUCGAAUACAGGUUUUUGAUGGAAGUGGAUCCUUUUUAUCCUAUAUAAAUACAUCUGCUGAUCCGCUUUAUGGUCCCCAAGGCUUGGCCCUAACUUCCGAUGGCCAUGUUGUAGUUGCUGACUCUGGCAAUCACUGCUUCAAAGUCUAUCGAUACUUACAGUAGCAGUUGGAUCAUGCUUAAGAAGUUACUAGUCUCUGAGGGCCAAUCUAGAUCUUUUUGUGUAGGAUGUCUACUUUAAAUAUUUCAAUUUUAAUACGAAUGGAGUCUUCACUUUUAUGUUUUAUUUCCAAACCUACUGUGUUUACAUAGGACUUGCACCUCAUAUGUUCUGCACUGAACUCAUCCUAUGGAUUAAUAAGAUCCUCCCCCCUCCCCCUGAAUUCAUGAAGACAGUGGAAUAAUAGACAUGUAAACUGUGGCUUGUAGAUCAGGCAUUUAUGUAACUGACUAAUUUUUCUGUGAGGGGCGGGGGAGCUAAAUGAUUUAAAGGGGUUUAUUUAAUAUGUGAAUGGGGAGCUCUUGUUUAAAGCUUCCAAAUUUGAAAAUUGUUACUGUUAAGCAUUAUUUAUCUCAGCAGGAAGUCUGGGAGUCUUUUAGACCAUGUUGUUAUAGUAAGUAUUACAUUUGUAACAUUCUUCCUUCUUAGCAACUGUAGUAAGGCGUUUCUUUUAGUAAUAAAGAUAUAUGGUCAAGUCACUCAAACCCCUUACUGUUCUAGCUGUCAAACCUUAACACAGUUUAACUUUUAGCACUACAAGAAUCAAUGCAAACUUCCUGUUUGAUGUGGGAUUAAUAUACAUGUGUAUCAACUUCCCUACUGCUCAGUGUGUUAUAUAGAUUUUCUAGAAUCCUGAUGCUUCUAUGGAAAGACACACAAUAGGGAUAUGUUACUGCAGACAUUGUAGGAUGUUCUUGCCAUGGGCUUUAAAAGCUGCCCAUUUGGUUUAAAAACAGUCCAAUUUUCACAAAGGAUAACAAGCUGCGCAAGUACCCCAUUGGAGGACUUACCUUGUACAACCAAAGGAUGUUUGGAGGUUGACAAAGGUUGGGGUGUGGCAAGGGUUACCAAAGCAGGGUGGUGGUGUUUUUAAAAAAUAAAAUUCAAACAAGGUUCAGUAUAAAAAAUAAACAGUAGGGCAGCUCCUUAAGACUUAGUGAGCAUGAGAUAGGACUAAAUGAUGUUUCAAAAGCGAUUCAUAAUUUUCUCUCAUCAAGAAUAAAGAAUGCAUGUAGAUUAUUUGUACAUCAUCCUUUCCUAGAAAAGAAUAUUCUGCGUUCUCUCUCUCCCCUGUUCCCCAAACGCAUAUCUGAGAUGCAGGCUGUGCAACUUAAAAUUCUGGGAACCAUACAUAUUUUGACGACAAGAUUCUUUUCUUCUCUAAGUUAUGCCCAAGAAUAGUAACGAUCAUACAUAUAUUUUGUAUACAUGUUACAUAAAGUGAAAAAAUACAUAUGCUAGCAAUGUGGGAUCGUACUGCCCCCAGCCUAGUACAAGAGGACAACUGGUCAGCAUAGUUCCUGUCAUUGAAACAAUCUUGCAUUUCUCCUUUGUUUUUGCUUUGCUCAAUCAUGUUAAUAUCUACCAUCAUGCAGAACGGAAGGUGAUUCAUUUUGUAAUAUUUCAGUUCAGCCCCAUCUCAAGUUUAUAAAUGGGUAGAGCCCAAUAUUUUGCUUCAAACAUUCUUUAAUUAGUCCAGUAAGAUAAUGUUGGAAAACUAAGAUACUUGCCUAGCUGGCCCCAAGACUUUAGCUGGAAAAUUGAUACAUCAUAUUCAAUUAAGGCAGCAGAAUGAAUUUUUUCAUGCUUUAAUUCUUUCUCUGAUAGUCAAACAGAAUAGUUGUUCUGUAAAAUUAUCUUCUUAAAAUGAAUCUAAUGUUACAGUUCUUAGAUGAAUAAAGAACUAUCUGACGAGGCAAUAGUCACUAGGCGCAAUUAAUCUUGGCCACUAAACCACCUUUAGAAAAAUUUACACGUUUUGACAGAAAUAAUAUCCUAUUUAUGAUUUAGAUGUAUUUCUUAACCAUGUAAACAACAGCAACAAACAUUAAGCUGUCUAGUAAUUGUAUAAUGUAAUGCGACUCUCAGACUGUUAAGUAUAUUAUUACUACAGACUGAAUUCUGUGCACAUUGUCAUCAAAUCCAGUUUAUCCUUAAGAUGCUUUUUAGCCUUUAUUAAAAAAAAGUCCUUAUGUCAAGAAAAAUAUUUGCAGGAAUUAAACAUAGGUACUGAACUAACUCAUGCACAGUGCAGUCCUAAACUGAACGACACCCCUGUAAGCCUACAAUCGAAGGGUGUAACCUUGUUUAGAACAGCACUGACAGUGACCUAAGCAGGGAUUCGGGCUUCUGUCCACUAUGCUUUUGUGCACUCCAACAUGUUUAAUGGAACUUACAUAGAAGCAGUUUUCAGUGAUUUAUUAUGAGGAGAAGCAUCAAAACCUAAAUUGUUAUGAAUUGAAACCAGGAGACCAUUUCAUGCAUGCUGUUGUGUCCAUGCAUUCCUUAAAAUGUUUUUCUAAAGUUACUAACUUUAACAAGUAACAGUAAUGCUAUUGUAACCAUACUACCUUCACUUAGAUUUCAAUUUUUGCUUCUUUCCUUUACAGCAACGCCUAACAUGUGUUAAAGGUGAUGUGGCCUUCCCUCCAAUACCUUUAGGUCUUGGUUCUUCUUUGUUGAAUUGUUAAGGAUUUGUAAAACAGACACAGUGAUGCACACUAUUGUAAACUGGGGUUAGUUUGGAGUCCUCAUGAAUUGGAGAUCUUUGGAAGACACCUUUGAAAGCUCUGCAGCAGGGCAAAAACAAAGUGAUGAAGAUCACAUAUUUCUGUCCAUCUAUGAAAUGCAAACAGCAGGUUCACAUAGCCUCAGUUUCCCUCAAGGCCAGGCAGAGAAGCAAGAGGGGGUUUAAGCCUGAACUUGCACUUAUUAUAAGUUUAUAAUAAGUUUAUAACUGAAACUGGAUUUCCCGCUAACAGAGCUGGUUUCAAUUAUCAAAACUGAGUGAAAGGCAAAGAGUUAAACCUCUUUCUUCCCUGCAUGUCUGAGGCAAACUGAGGCUGAGCCAACCAAUAGUUUGCAUUUUAUGUACUGACAAAGAUGUGUGGUUUUCAUUAACUUGCUUUGCUUUUAACAGGGAGUAUUUGAAAUAUUAACGUGAAACAAUUGGGUUACGGAUCUCCAUUGCAUAAAAGUAAUUCUUAAAAAAAACACUUUUGGUCCAUACCAGCAAUUAUGAGAAUUGUAGUGUUUGCCUUACUGAAUUAAUAUCGAAGGUUAGGCACAUGUAAGUUACAUCCAGACUUGCUGCAUUGCCAAGCCUAGGACGCAACCGCACUGCAAUUUUAAAUUAGAUUAACCAUCGCAGGUUGCUCAACAUUUUUUUUAGUAAUUUUACUUUCUGUUGGCAGUAGAGAAAUUUCCCUUGUGGAACAUCAAGAUGUAUGCAUGUGUUUGUUCAAUGGAGACAUUUGCUGAAAAGAAUCUUAAAAAUACUGCCAGGAAUUCAUUGGUUCGUUUUUUGGAUAAAUUAUAAACUGUAUAUUGAAGGUUUUUUUAAUUGUAAAAAAGAAAACUGUUAAAUACUAAGUUUUUACUCUGACUAAAGUUGCAGAAAAGUAACAAGAAAAAAAAUUGUCUCAUGUUGUUGACCUCUGCAGAGAGAGCAGAGCUUUCAACUUUACAGUUAUUUUUUUCUUUGAUAAUUAAGGAUCUAGUGUUGCCAUAAUGAAAACAAGUGCCCAUUAUGUUAUGCUUGUUGUGUGAGGAAAUGUUUGUUUUAAGGAUGGCAGCAAGGUAGAAAAUCAUAAUGUUCACCAAAAAUGCUGAUGAAGAACUGUGAGCAGUGAUUCAAAGGGUCUGUGUUUGAAGUAUGUAUGAAAAACAUUUAUACUGUAGAGCAGAAUGAAUCCCAAAUGGUGAUAGCUUCUGAUGAAUGUACAACACUCAAGUGGAUGUUUGUGAGCAACACAGCCUUAACCCUGAUAGCUUGCUUCUUUGCUUUAUGACAUGGGAAUGUUCCAUAAUGUGCAUCGUGUAUUGUAUAUCCCUGCGCUAGAAAUCAAAUCAGUAUGUUGUACCUUUCCAGUUCUUGGAGCAAAUGAUUUUUUUGUUUUGUUUUGUACAUUCCAUCUUUGUAUGCAAGUUUCAUAUGUUUGGUGUAAAUAAUGCUAUAAAGUCUUGCACUCUCUAAAAA